GAUAACAUAACCUCAAACUUUAAUUGGCUAUUUUAUUUUAUAAUCAUUAAUAUAAAUAUAUGAAAUGUUCACAUUUAAAAUUGCAGAAACAAUAUAUAAAGAAUUGCCAAAAUUGAAAUCGUUCAUAAGUAUUUCGCAAUUGACUUCAAAUGUAGGAAAAUUACAAAUUAGAAAUUAUGCCUCUCCGCCAAAGAGAUUCUACAAAAACACUGGAAUAUUACGAACAGAGAAUAAAUUUGAAGUUUGUUUGGACGAAAGAAGGCUGAAGACUCCAAAUGGGAAUAUUUUUACAGUAGAAAGUGAGCCGUUAGCUUUGGCUGUUGCAGCAGAAUGGAAUGCUCAGAAAGAUAAGAUUAUUCAGAGUUCAAUGCAUUUGACUAUGCUGUGUAACAGCGCUUUAGAUAAUCCGAAUAACCUAACAAAGUAUGAUGUUAUAUCUUAUAUUGUGAAUUAUUUAGACACCGAUACAAUAUUAUAUCAAUCUGAUAAUGAAGAAGAACUAUUUAAAUUACAAACUCAGGAAUGGGAUCCAAUUAUUGAUUGGUUUAAUAAACUGCACGGACUAAAUUUGAAAAAGUGUAUUCAUAUGGACGUCCCUGCAAUAAGUGAUCAAGAUAAGAAUCUUCUAACCAAACAUUUGUUGUCUUACAACUUCGAGUGUUUAUUUGGAUUAAUGUAUGGAGUAGAUACAUUAAAGUCAGUGAUACUAACUUUGGCCUGUGUUGAAAAGUAUAUUAUUCCUCAGAAAGCUGUAUUACUUUCACGCUUGGAAGAAGAAUAUCAAACUGGUCUUUGGGGCAGAGUAGAAUGGGCUCACGAUCUCAACCAGCAAGAUCUACAAGCUAGACUUUCAGCAGUGAUAUUAUUUGUUUAUUUUAAUUCUCAAAGUACAAAUGUACAAUCUAAGCAAAAAAAUCAGUAAAGUAGUUUUUUCUUC